AUGGAUAUUAGUGUAGAAAGUGAUAUUGACGAUGACUUAAACAAAGAGAACGAAGAUUUACCAAGCAAUGAAGUUUACGAAAACACGAAACAUGCUAGCGUUAUUUGGACGAAUAUGAAUCAGAAGACAAAUGUAGCCUUAGCCUUGGCAAUACAACUAUUUGAGGAGGAGACCUUUGAUGAUGACUUACUCAUCAUUGCAUGUAGUAAGUUAGGAGCAGUGUGUAAUGUUUCUUUGCUGUUUCGAAAAGAGGAUAGGCAGCGGCAUUUCAGAUUAGGUCAAUUGUGCGGUGAAGAAUGGAUCCAGUAUUAUUUAGACUUCGAUUUUCACCGACUGUUUCGGAUGCGCAAGGAUACUUUUAUAGAACUUGUCAAUGUUAUUGCUCCAAUAUAUAUGCCUAAAAUGCAACGUGGUGAUGCCCCUGUUAUUACAGUUGAUAAAGCAACACUUAUAGCUCUGUGGUAUCUGGCUGGUCAGUCAGCAAUGGAGAAUGGAGCUGACAGGUUUGGUGUAGCCCCUUCUACAAUAUAUCAUGAAGUUCAUCGUAUCGUUGAUAUUCUUUGUGCAUUAAGUCAUAAAUUUAUAGUAUGGCCUGAAGAGAAUGAAUGUGCAGCAAUAAGACAACAAUUCUAUGACAGAGCAGGGUAUCCAGGGGUGAUUGGUGCCAUCGACGGUUGUCACGUUACUGUACUUGCUCCCGCUAAUGAUCAUGAUUCGUACGCGGACAGGAAGAUGAAUCAUUCUAUAAUCUUGCAAGGUAUUGUAAUUUUUUCUAAUGUCCUGAGAGUUUUAUCUGCAAAUAAUGAAAUUAAAGCCAUAUUCAAAGUGUGCUUUCCAGUUGCGUAUCUGUACGGCUAA